GCUGGAAGGGAGUGGAGUUCUGGAGAAUGUUUACCAGACCCAGAGAGCCCAGAGGGACAGCGCCCCGAGCCUGACAGAGAGGCACACAGCCUCUGGCACAGCGGGCACUGCCACCGGGAUCCCCUUCCCCCUCCCCAGCCUCCCUUCAAGGUCCCUUUAAGACAGGGCUGGUCCUCCCCUCCCCGAGUUAACCCCUCGCUGUCCAGGUGGCCCCAGGGGCUCGGGCCGGUGGGCGGAGGCAGAGAGGGAGAAGGAGCCUGGGCGGGGAAAGGGUUGCCCGAAGUCUAGGAGGGCGAGAGGGAGGCAGGGGAGCCGGGAAGGUGGCUGUGGAGGAGCAAGCAGAGCAGGCCAAGGGGCCCCCGCUGUGCCAGGCAGGCAGUGCCAAAUCAGGGGCGCCUGGAGCUGGGGGGGAGGGCUAGGGACAGCUUGGCCCUGCCCCCUCCCCCGCGACGUGCCCAGCAACUUCGGAGAAAAGUUUGGCAUCGACUGUGCGCUGGUGCCUGAGGAUGGGCAGGGUUCCGCUGGCCUGGUGCUUGGCCCUGUGCUGCUGGGGGUGCUUGGCCCCCAAGGGAGCACAGGCUGAGGUGGAUGACCCCUUCGUGGAGAGCCCAGGGAACAUCACCGGUUCCAGGGGAAUCACGGUGAUCCUUCGGUGUGAGCUCAAGGUUCAGGGGGAACCCGCUGAAGUGAACUGGCUUCGGGAUGGACAGGUCUUGGAGCUGGCAGACAGCACUCAGGUCCAGGUGCCCCUGGGUGAAGACUGGCAAGAUGACUGGAAAGUGGUCAGCCAACUCAGCAUCUCCUCCCUGCAGCUUGUGGAUGCAGGGUGGUACCAGUGCGCCGUGGACCUGAGGGGACAGAACUUUGUGUCCCAGCCUGGCUAUGUAGGGCUGGAAGGCCUGCCUUACUUCCUGGAGGAGCCUGAAGACAGGACUGUGGAGGCCAACACACCCUUCAACUUGAGCUGCAGGGCCCAGGGGCCACCAGAACCCGUGCACCUACUCUGGCUCCAGGACGCUGUCCCCCUGGCCCUCUCCUCGGGACACAGCCUCCAGCACAGCCUGCAAGUUCCAGGCCUGACCAAGACAUCUUCUUUCUCCUGUGAAGCCCACAAUGCCAAGGGGGUCACCACGUCCCGCACAGCCACCAUCACAGUACUCCCCCAACAGCCCCGAGACCUUCAUCUGGUUUCCAGCCAGCCCACGGAACUGGAGGUGGCUUGGACCCCUGGCCUGAGUGGCAUCUACCCGCUCACUCACUGCAUCGUGCAGGCUGUGCUGUCAGACGAUGGGGUGGGCAGCUGGUUGGGAGAGCCAGAACCCCCGGAGGAGCCCCUCACCCUGCAAGCAUCCGUGCCCCCUCACCAGCUUCGGCUGGGCAGCCUCCAUCCUCACACCCCUUAUCACAUCCGGGUGUCAUGUGCCAGCAGCCAGGGUCCCUCACCCUGGACGCACUGGCUUCCUGUGGAGACACCGGAAGGAGUGCCCCUGGGCCCCCCUGAGAACGUUAGCGCCAUUCGGAACGGGAGCCAGGCCCUCGUGCGUUGGCAGGAGCCAAGGGCGCCCCUACAGGGCACCCUGUUAGGGUACCGGUUGGCUUAUCGAGGCCAGGACACCCCUGAGGUGCUAAUGGAUGUCAGGCUACAGCGGGAGGUGACACUGGAGCUGCGGGGGAGCCGGCCUGCACCUAACCUGAGUGUGUCCGUGGCAGCCUACACCGCGGCCGGUGAUGGGCCCUGGAGCCUGCCUGUGCCCCUGGAGCCCUGGCGCCCAGGGCAAGGACAGCCAGUCCACCAGCUGGUGAGUGAACCCCCAGCUCCUACCUUCUCAUGGCCCUGGUGGUAUGUACUGCUGGGAGCAGUUGUGGCCGCUGCCUGUGUCCUCAUCUUGGCCCUAUUCCUUGUCCAUCGGAGGAAGAAGGAGACACGCUAUGGUGAGGUGUUUGAACCAACAGUGGAAAGAGGUGAACUGGUAGUCAGGUACCACGUCCGCAAGUCCUACAGCCGCCGGACCACUGAAGCCACUUUGAACAGCCUGGGCAUCAGCGAAGAGCUGAAGGAAAAGCUGCGGGAUGUGAUGGUGGACAGGCACAAGGUGGCCCUGGGGAAGACACUGGGGGAAGGAGAGUUUGGAGCUGUGAUGGAGGGCCAGCUGAACCAGGAUGACUCCAUCCUCAAAGUUGCUGUGAAGACAAUGAAGAUUGCCAUCUGCACGAGAUCAGAGCUGGAGGACUUCCUCAGCGAAGCUGUCUGCAUGAAGGAAUUCGACCACCCCAACGUCAUGAGGCUUAUCGGUGUCUGUUUCCAGGGUUCUGAAAGAGAGGGCUUCCCAGCACCUGUGGUCAUCUUACCAUUCAUGAAGCAUGGAGACCUACACAGUUUCCUCCUCUACUCCCGGCUCGGGGACCAGCCAGUGUUCCUGCCCACUCAGAUGCUGGUAAAGUUCAUGACAGACAUCGCCAGCGGCAUGGAGUACCUGAGUACUAAGAGAUUCAUACACCGGGACCUGGCUGCCAGGAACUGCAUGCUGAACGAGAACAUGUCUGUGUGUGUGGCGGACUUUGGGCUGUCCAAGAAGAUCUACAAUGGAGACUACUACCGCCAGGGUCGCAUUGCCAAGAUGCCAGUCAAGUGGAUCGCCAUUGAGAGCCUAGCUGACCGCGUCUACACCAGCAAGAGUGAUGUGUGGUCCUUCGGGGUGACAAUGUGGGAGAUUGCCACGCGGGGCCAAACACCAUAUCCCGGAGUGGAGAACAGUGAGAUUUAUGACUACCUGCGCCAGGGGAAUCGCCUGAAGCAGCCUGUGGACUGUCUGGAUGGCCUGUAUGUCCUGAUGUCCCGGUGUUGGGAGCUGAACCCCCGAGACCGGCCAAGUUUUACAGAGCUGCGGGAAGAUCUGGAGAAUACACUGAAAGCCCUGUCCCCUGCCCAGGAGCCUGAUGAAAUCCUCUACGUCAACAUGGAUGAGGGCGGAGGUCAUCCUGAACCUCCUGGAGCUGCUGGAGGAGCUGACCCCCCAACCCAGCCUGACCCAAAGGAUUCCUGUAGCUGCCUCACCGCAGCUGAGGUCCAUCCUGCCGGACGCUAUGUCCUUUGCCCUUCUACAGCCCCUGGCCCCACUCUGCCUGCUGACAGGGGUUGCUCAGCACCUCCAGGGCAGGAGGAGGGAGCCUGAGACAACCCUCCACCUGGGACUCCCUCUCAGGAUCCAAGCUAGGCACUGCCACUGGGGAAACCUCAUCCCCCACGCCCACUUCCCCACUCCAGGCCUGUCCCCAGCUACAGCCUUAUCUUCCUACCCUUUCCACCUCCAUCCUGGAUAGAACCUUCCCCUUCUCUGCACCACAGCAUCCUACUCCAUAAUAAGAAGGGGCUGCACUGAGCAUGGUGGUGUAGACCUGUAAUCCUAGAGCUCAGGAGGCUGAGGCAGAAGGAUUGCCAAGUUCAAAGCCAGCUGGGGCAACAUAGAGAGUUCCAGGCCCAGUUGGGCUCUGUAGCAAGACUCAGUCUCAAAACAAAGAUAUGAUUGGAGUGCAAUCACGUAAGUGUCCUCCCAGAUCUGACAGUCCAAGAUUCUAGAUUCGAAGGCCUAAACAGUCUAUAUCAAAGCUUCUAGGUGUCAAAGUUGCUGUGAAUCUUUGGUUCUAAGGACCUGAAGUUCCAGUCCCAAACUCCAAAGUGCUACGGUUCUAUAUCCAGGCUGCUGUGGAACUCCUGGGCUCAAGUGACCCUCCCACCUCAGCCUCCCAAGUAACUGGGACUACAGGUGUGCUAAGAUUCUUGAUAAGGGCCCAAGAUUCUAGGUUUAGAGCUAAAGAUUCUAGUUCUAGAAUUUAAGACUCUAUGAGUCUAGAUUUUAUUUUGCUAAAGUUCAGAGUCCUUAGGUCAUAAGACUUUAGAUUCUACAAUUCUAAAGAUUCUAUCAUUCUAGACAUGGAGGCUCUAAGGCCUACUGUUCUAAAAUUUGAUGGUCAAAGGCUGACUCUAGAUAUCCUGGUUAUAAGAAUGUGCAUCAUAAGCCUUCAUAUUUUUAUUUUCUCGAGUUCUAAGAUCCUAAUGACAGUCAAUUGCAGUUUCUGAGGCUCUCUGAUCAUGGAUUUUGUAUGAAAUACUAUCUUUGAGAGGUCUAAGAUUCUACAAUCUGCAAUUCAAAAGUUCUAAGAGUCUAAAGAUUCUAAGGUCUAAUGUUUUAAGAUGUUUAUUCUAAAACUUAAUCUAAGAACCUGGAUUCUCUGAAAUUCUAGGUCAUAUGCCCCAAGAUUCUAGAUUGUUAAACUCUAAGAUUCUAAUGUCAGCCUGUUUUAUGUUUAAAGGCACUGUAAGAUUCCAUUGAUCCAGAAUUCUGGAUCCCAAGCACCUAAAUUAUAAGACUUUCACAACUGUGACUAAACACCAAAAUUCUAAUCAUUUCUAAUGUUGGACACCUCUAGGUUCUAUGCUGUACUCUGCAUUUCUAGGUUACAACUAAAAGUCUAAGAAUAUUCAUUUCUAAAAGCUUAAGGCACUAGAAGGCACUAAAAGGCUGAGAUUCAAAUGUUCUAAAUUUCCAAGCUUCCACACAUUUAGAACAGUAGGUACGAUUCCAAGGUUCUAACCCAAAGGUUAUAACUGGUUCCCAUCUUAGUCACCUAUACUCCUUCCUCCCCUCAUGUGGGGGUGCGCCUCCCUCAAGCCUGUGCAAUGCAAUUAGGGAUGCCUCCUUUCCCCCAGGGAAUGGACCAUCUCCCUCCUUAGGGCCUUGCUGCCCUUUUGAGCCAGUCCCUCAUCUUCCUUGUACAUAAUGUGGACUCUGGUGCCUCUAGAGGGGCUCUGGUCACAUAAAAUUUUGUCAGUCACUA